CUUAACCAGUACAACAGUCUUACUGUAGUUCUUCUUCAGCCCGAAAUCCAUCUCAAUCCAAUGCAACCGGCUGCAGCGACGCUGGGGAAGCGCGAGGCCGCCGUGCACGCGCGCCAACGCGUCUUGUCGCACUCGCAGCAGCUGCGUGGCCGUGGCAUGGAGGUCGACAGCUUGUCUGCCAUGACUGCGGUCGACCACGGCCGCCAGGUGCUCGACAGCGUGCGACGGAGACGCGAACUCCGCACGCAAACGUACACGCAGCUCGUCAACGACGGAACAGUCGCUCCUGUCGCGCCCAAGCGGCGGCGUGGCGCUGGUCUGAUGCACGCGUCUGCCAGUCCUGGGAUGGGGAUGGGGAUUGGGAUGGGCGGCGGCUCGGGCGGCGGCGCAGCACACAUGUCGAUGCUGGACGGCGGCGACUUGAUGCUGGGCGCGCUGCCGAGGUGUCCCAUCUGCGAUCAAGUGCUGCGAGGCGACAUGGACAGGAUAAACGCACACAUUGACAAGUGUCUCGGCCAGCCGCGCGAGGCAGGCAAUGCCGCUGCCGCUGCUGCCGCUGAUACCAACGCGAACAGUGGUGGUGCGGCCAUGGCACGCCUGGACGCCCUCGACGCGGCUGCUGAAACGAGCAAUGGCAAUGCUUUUGACACAUACGAAUGGUGCGGGCAGACUCGGGUCCGCGCAACCGCGCUUUUGGCCCAAAACCAGGGCGCUUUGCACAUUCUGAGCUCGUCUGCACCGCCACCACCAUCGUCAGCCGCGUCAGGCGCUCAUCCACUGCACUCUGGAUCGGGACUUUACGCGUCAACGACUGGCACUGGCACCGAGAUGGAUGUUAACGACCAGGACGAGGAUGAGGAUUUGGAUGUCGACCAAGACGAUAGCGCCGUCUACGGCACUGCACAAUUCACAGAGCACGAUCUUGAAAUGGUGAACACGGCAGGCACCACUGCUACAUCCAUGACAGAUGCAAGCGGCACUACUGCCAGUGCAGCACUAUCACUACCUGCACCAGCAGGGGCACCUGCCGACAGCAGUUCCGGUACAGCAGCAGCUGUGGCUGUGGCAGCCGCGGGCAGCGAGCAAGCGUCCUCUGCUUCUAUAGUCAUGCAAUCCCUGAAAGAGAUGAUUCGCGAUCUCCAGACGCAGCUGGCCUCGUCCACAGUUGCCGCACACAAGUGCUUGAUAUGCAUGGAGCCGUACACAAAUCCCGCCGUUUCCAUCAAUUGUUGGCACGUGCACUGUCAACAAUGCUGGCUCGCCACGCUCGGCGCCAAGAAAGUAUGCCCGCAGUGCAACAUAAUCACGACUCCAGCGCACCUACGCCGCAUCUACCUGUAGCCUUUUCAAUCCUUGUUUCCCUCUCCACAUAAUAUAUAUUGAUUUUCUUCCC